AUUUUAUUGAAUAGUCACAUGACUUUCCAAAAUGGCUUCUGCGUCACCAAAAGAAAAAUUUGAUGCAGCAGUUAAAGUUAUACACAGUUUGCCAAAAAAUGGUCCCUUCCAGCCCUCCCGUGAGAUGAUGCUGAUGUUCUAUGCCUACUACAAACAAGCCACACUGGGAAAGUGCAGUAUACCAAAACCUAGCUUUUGGGAUCUGGUGAACAAAGCAAAAUGGGAUGCCUGGAACAACCUCGGGGAUAUGGACAGGGACACCGCUAUGACCAAAUAUGUGGAGGAACUGAAAAAGACACUAAAACUAGGUGAAAAACAAUGGAAUGAAAUGGCAUCGAAUGGGGAUCCAAGGAUUGUGGAAGCCAUGCCACAGACCCAAGUGGUGGGAGAUUUCAUGGACAAGCUGGGAGCCUUUUAUGAGAUUGUGGAUGAGGAUUCCCCAAUAGAACGAGCCCGGCGAGCAAACUCUAAACUUGUACCUCUUCCUAAACUGAUGCCACAAGAUCACAACUACAACAUACCUCCAUUAGAAAGUGGUGAACAACCUUUGCAACUGUAUGGAGUGGAGGAUAAUGUAAAUGAAGAAGAGGGAAGGGAAGAAGAUGAUAGCGGCGUUAACCUCACCAAUGGAGAGGCAUCCCAGGGGAGUCCUGGAGGUCACCAUGAAGGGGACAGGGAAGGGUCGGCUAGUCUUGAGGGACUAAAUGUUGAGAGUUCAGAAAGCGAAGAUGAGUUUUGUGACACUUCCAUGGAUCUUGAGGUUCCUGUUAAACAUCUCAACGCUGAAUCGCACAUGACCAGCAAACGCCAUGUAAGGUUCUCUGAACUCAAUGGCAGAACAGAAAUCAAUGGUGACCUUCAGGAUUCAAUGUUAUCCCCUGGGUUUUCAUUCAUAUCAUCAUCACUUGGGAGAGGAGACAAUGACAGCUUAGUAGUAGAAACGAGCUCACCUGCUCACUUUAAACUCAAAGAAUUAAAAAAUGACCUUGACAUUUGUGAUGGUGACCUUGAGUUGGGGGCUGAGGUGAGUGUGUCAAAUGGAACAAUGCUGUCUGUUGGGGCAAAUCAUGAUGAUACACAAUCUAGUCUAGAAAGAUGGGAAGAAAAUGAGCCACCUAACGGAGGGGGAGACAAAGAUCCAAGCAAGGAGAAGGAGAAGGCCAAGUCUAGUCAAGGUCAAGGGUCAUCAUCAGGAAGAUCAGGUUCAAGAAACCUUCCUGGGGCCACUGGGGGUGGUGGGCGGAGACUGUUGCUGGCAGGAGGUGGGGCGGGUGGUGAUGGGGGAGGAGAUGCACCCACCACCAGCAAUACCAGCGACAAUGUGAGUGAGCAGAUUGCCAACACUCUGGUCAGAUUGCAGCAAGACAUGGCCAGUGUAUUGGACAGACUGAACAGACUCGAGGCUCAGUCAAGGCAAAACCAGAGACAGGGUAGUCCAGGGAGAAGUAUAUUUCAGUGGUGGCCAUUCAAUUCCCAGACAGGUCGGACAGCUUUCUUCUUCCUAGUCUGGCCAGUGAUUGUUCAUAUACUCCUCACAUACAUGUUCAGAAGAAGGAGGAGGAAAUGAAGAAUUUGAAUAUGAACAAGAGAUUCAUUUAUCCAAGUGCUCAGUGUGAUAAUAACCAAAGAGAUGAAGUGAUUUAAAUGGCUGUUGCAGGGAUAUGCAAAUGCAAUAAAACUUCUUCGGACCCUGGAUUGGUUUGUUGCAAAAUCUUCUUGUCUGCACACAAGUUACUGGUCCUAAUAAAAGACAAGACUUUUGUUCAGUGCCCCACUAGAACUUUUUUAGUACAGUUCAUUUAAUUACUAUUUAGUAGUUCUAGUUUUAUUUUGUUAAUGCAUCAACGAUUUGAGAGCGUAUGUCAAGUACAAGCUAGGAUGUUCCUUGUGUAAUUAUGGCACAUUGAUUGUGAGGAAUUUAAUUCUCGUUUGCAUUACAAACAAAGGCAUGUAUGUCUGAUCCUGCUACAGGCACAGUGGCAAGAAUGUUUAAACUGAAUUAUGUUAAUAAAAAAAUUAAUACCGUUAUUUUUUUGACAGAAUAAAUAGUUAUUACUUUUUUAAACAGAAUAUGAGCCAGGCUUUAUAUGGGCAAUAAGCUAAUUUAUAAUCACGGAAACUGAUAUGCAUGUGAUGUAAUAUUGACUUCUUUGUAAGUUUUUGUAACAAAGCACUAAUAAAUGCAACAAAAACUUAACAGAUGAUUAUUCUUUACUUGAGUUAUCAAAAAAGUAUAUCAUUCAAUUGAAUACAUGAGUCUAUGUAAUAUAUUCCUGUAUGGAAGGUUAUAUAGUGUAACGGUAUAUAAGCAUGCUCAUGGAGAAAUGUUAGGUUAAGUACUAUAACAUUCAUAUUUUGUUUUGAAUGUCAAUGUCUAUUUGUUACUUUUUCACCUUAAUUGUUCUUUACAAGUUAUUUUAUUAGUUUAUUAGUUUAUGUGUACACAAUCAAUUUGCUAAUGUAUAAUUCAUUUGUCAGAAAUGUGCAUACAUGUUAUGUUGCCUAUUGUAUUAGAUAUUGUCAUGUGUUGUGUUUUUUCUGUUGUCCAAAUUUAAUGUGUUUAUAGAUGAAAUACCAAUCUGUGAUAAAAUUUGUGUUCAUUGAUCAAUUAUGAAUAAAUUUGAUGUAAUAUU